GGUUUUCAAUGAGAAUUGAAUCCAUUCCAGGGUUUGUUGAUUGAUCAACAAAAUGUACUCGUUGAUCCCAACAUCCUUCUGCUACCGUAGGAUUUCCAAGUUGCCUCUAACCGUCUCGAAUUUCAUCUGUAAUCCCAAAUUUGGGAGCAGAAGCUUGAAGAUUCGUGUCAAUGCAGAUGAAGCGAAUACACAGACGGAGACAGUGGAGGAAACCCAAGUUGGGAACCUAGAAGCAAAACCCAAUAAAGCAAGCAACAUCUCCGGUUCCACUCCAUCCCCUGCUACUGCAGCACUAGACCAGGACCUCAAAAAGGUUGUUCAAAAAACUGCUGCAACCUUUGCACCGAGAGCUUCCAAAACUUCUAAAAAUCCUGCUGUGCCGGGAACUGCCUUGUAUACUGUCUUUGAGGUUCAAGGCUAUGCCUCCAUGCUGCUAGGUGGAGCUUUAUCUUUCAAUCUCAUAUUUCCUUCUAAUGAACCGGACAUUUGGAGAUUAAUGGGGAUGUGGUCCAUUUGGAUGUUCACAAUUCCUUCCCUCCGUGCUCGAGACUGCUCAAAGAAUGAAAAAGAAGCUCUUAACUACCUUUUUCUGCUCAUUCCCUUGGUCAAUGUUAUAAUUCCCUUCUUUUGGAAGUCCUUUUCCGUUGUCUGGUCAGCAGACACUGUUGCCUUCUUUGGGCUGUAUGCAUGGAAGUUAGGGUGGCUACAGAAAACAGAAUAGGGAAUAUGAUCCAGCAGCAUGCAUCCUCAACAGGACAACCAGGCUUAACCUUCUUCCAUCUAGGUGUGCCAUGUAUGGAAUUGUUCUCAUCAUAUAACAGGACAGCUAGGCUUAUCCUUCUGCCAAACUUUGAACCUUGUCGCUUUGGUGUCUGAGCUCAACUCAAAUUUUUCUCAUCAUAUAAUCAUAAAAGAACUAUUUUUGUUGAUUGCCUUGUUGAGGUUUUUUGUGGAUUGAACUUUUGUUGUAGCACUAGGUUGGAAGCCUGAUCCUCUUGGAUUUCUGAUGAAAUGUUCCCUCUGAAAUUUUUGGUCUGCUGUAAGUUCAUUUUUCCCUGAAGUAGUUUGUGUCAAGCUUGGCUGACAAAUCCUAGUACAUAAACUGACAAUGGUGGAUAGAAACCAUUGUACUCGAACUUCAUUUUACAGCUGUUGGGUUCCAUUGAAGAGGCUGUGUCUAUUUAGAAAUGGAUCCACUAGUGCAGUUUCAGUUGUUCUGAUAUCACAAUUUUGAAAGAAUUGAGAAGUUACUCAUUUUGCUAUUGCAAUUGCGUUAAGGAUGACCGUGAAUACCAUGAAUUUUCCCCGUUUACUCCUUGCCGUUGCCAUUCCGAUCAAUAAACUAUAUUUAGAAGAAAUCUAUAUAUUGGGAAGAUAGUAUUUUACUAAUAGUUACUGUUUCAUAGUUUGGAUUGCAAAAUAUGAUCUAUUUUAUGAAGAAAAGCUCACAAUAUUA